AUGCUUCCGAGCGCCCUCGCUUGGCACUCCGAAAGUUCCGCGGCUCUGCUCGGCUUGCCCGGGGCCCCGGGUUUUGGCAAUCUGGGUAAAAGUUUUCUGAUUGAGAACCUGCUGAGAGCCGGCGAAGGCCCGUCACGCCUCUCGCCGCGUCUGCCCGCCGCUCCGAUCCCGCUCAAGUUGCGGGAACCAAUGCGCGUUGCCGGAGAAGGCGCCUUCCCUGUCUGCGCCUGGCCUUUCCAAGCGUUGAAAGCUUCAGCAGCGGACGGCGCGGCUACGGAGGACACAGGAGGCGCAUUCCCAGCAACAGCCCCAGCUCUCCCAAAGUACUUCUUCUUAAGUGCCUCCCCAGUCUGCUUGACAUGCUGCGGUGGGUCCUGUCAACUCCCUACAUCCCCCAUGUUUUUUCCAAGACAGGAAAGUGCUCUGUCUCAUCUAAGCCAUGACCCUAAAUCCCAGAGAGGUAUCUUAAGAAGGGCUGUCUUUUCAGAAGAACAACGAAAAUCUUUGGAGAAAAUGUUUCAGAAACAGAAAUAUAUCAGCAAAACAGAAAGAAAAAAAUUGGCCAUCAAUCUGGGUCUGAAGGAGUCACAGGUCAAGAUCUGGUUUCAAAAUCGAAGGAUGAAAUGGAGAAACUCCAAAGACAAAGAAGUGCUGUCAAAUCGAGGUCUGCCAGAGGAAGGUCUUCAAGAGAUGUAUGUUUCCAGGUGUUUAAAUUUUUCCUCCUCACCAUGUCCACUCUGGGAAAGGCCUCAACAACAAUCAAGUUCAAGGUGGCAGAAUUUCCCAGAAUGUGCUAGGAGACAGAAUAACAGAAUUAGUCUGCGGUUGCACAUGAAUCCAACUUUUUCUUCUAACACAUUGUAUUUGUAUCAAGAAAGAGGCACCGUAGAGAAGGAAAUCUCUUGUAAGAACAAUGACAGUAAAAAUGACAACAAACCAUUGCUUGAAGUGAACUCAAACUAA